AUGGGCUCCUCGGGUAACGAUGAGGUCUACGUGACCGUGUCCGCUCUGGAGGCAGGACAGCUCACCUUGCCUGAGAAAUUGUUCAUAACCGAUGCGGACCCAGAGAAGCGAGCAACAGUACCUUCAUUAUCCUUCCUGAUACAACAUCCCUCUGAAGAUGGCAAAGACACGAAACUAGUGUUCGACCUCGGGCUGAAGCGCGACCUGUCAAAGUACCCUCCAGCUCAACAAGCCCAUAUCGCCAACCGCCAGCCGACUAUCCUCCAUCCAGAUUGUGCCGACAGUCUACGGACGGGAGGCUUGGAUCCUGCGAAGGACAUCGACAUCGUGAUACUCUCCCACGUCCAUUGGGAUCACGAGGGUACCCCAGACGACUUUCCCAACUCGCAGUUUGUGGUUGGGUCCGGCACGCUGCAUCUGCUCGCAAACGGCGCGCCUCCGCACUAUCCCAAGGAGAUUUUCAAUCCAGACCUCCUACCCAAAGACCGUACGAGGGAAUUGCCGCCCAACUCGGGAGACAGCAGCACGGCAGCGAAAUCUCAAACGGACCACGCCUGGAAACCUUUUGCCGGGUUCCCCAACACUGUGGACUUCUUCGAUGAUGGCAGUGUAUACAUCGUGGACAGCCCGGGCCAUCUAUUCGGUCACGUCAACUUGCUCGCGCGUCUGAGCCAUACAAAGUGGGCAUACUUGGGUGGUGACUGCUGCCAUGACCCGAGGAUCUUGACUGGAGAAAAAGGGAUUGCCCUGUACGACGAUGGCCACGGCGGACUGAGAUCCGUCCACGUGGACACCGAGCAAGCGCGGCAGACGUUGUCAAAGAUCGGGCCACUCCUGAAGAAGCCCUGCCCAGUCAUCCAAGGUGAUGGGGGCGAGCCGGUCGAGGUGGAGGUUAUUGUUGCACAUGACAAGGGCUGGAGGGAGAAGAAUCGGGACAGGUUUUUCCCGGGAACUCUGUGA